GGGUCAUCCUGCGCCGGUGGUAGAUAAGCACGACUAUGACUUAUUUCCUUAGGUCUCGGCCGUCAUCCUCUUCUCCUGCAAUGAUCUCUUCUGACGAAUUACUUCAUCCGAUGAGGAUAUUCUGGUAACCCUCUCGACAUGCGCCUCUAAGGGAGCUUUGACAUUUGUUUCGUCUAUUCAGAGUGGCCCGAGUUCACUGCUACGAGGCGGUUCGCAAUGUCCGUGGGCAAUCCCCUUUUGGUUAAUUUGACACAUUCCGAUCCAAGCUCAGCGUCGCAAGGCACCUCCCCCUCCCCGGGCUCCGAACAACGAGCAGGAGCCCCCGAGAAUGCCCCCGAACAUCCGGUGAGGGCCAAAAGGCGUAGGCACCACCUGCCCACCUCCGAAGACUCCUCGUCUAAGAACCAAAUUUUUUAUUUUGUCGACUCAAACUCGUCAUCCCGAGAAAAACGAGCCCAUGUUAUGCGCCAUCACGUACAAGAGAAACGAAAACAACUAAAACAUACACAUCCUCGGAGCGACACCGAUAAGAGGGUCCAUCGGCCUCUCCGCUAUCUGUCGUGGCAGCAAAAGAAGCUAUUUCUAAGUGGUGACCAAAACGAAAUUAUUGAAUACAAAAGAUCUGCCAAUGAGACUGCACCUAAAAGAGGCUCUACGAUGCAAAUCGGAUACCAGUUUUCAGAAUCUGUUUCACACCCCAUUUCUCCCGUCACUAUACUUGAUGCCUCCCCGAAAGAUCCUUUCGACUCCUUACCGAUACCAUGCAGCAGAGAGGAUUAUGUGUUGCUGGACUUUUGGACAAAUAGAUUGGCAUACUGGUCCGGCCAGAAUAGCACCAUUAAAGAACAAGUCUUUCGAGCGGCCCUCAGCCAUCCGUUGUCGUUUCGAGCGGUUGUUCUUGCAUAUUGUGCUCGUUGGAAGGCGCAGGCGUACCACCUAGAGUUUAGUCCCGAGGCUGAAAAGCAUGCCGGGCUAAGCAAAAAAGGCAUCGAACAAGUGAUGAACGGCACUAUGGAGAUUGACAUGGAUAGUCUGGCCAUGGCUUUGACGGGCCUGGCGAUACAAGAAGAAAGAUUCGGCAGCAAGCAACACGCUAGAGGAACCUUGGACCAGGCUGUCCAGAUCCUCCGUUCAAGGGUUGGGUCUAACCGUAUUCCCGAGGCAUGGUUGCAUUAUGUGCAGUUUAUGAUGAUGCCGCCCCAUUCCACAGUUCCCGAAGGUGGCCAGCAAUGGCUGGUCACAUUCCUUCGAGGCGCAGAAGAAUUGAUGCUUGAGCACAGUACCGAUAAGUAUUUGUCGUCCGUUCCCCAACGCCGCACUGCCUUUCAAAUGGACAGCCCUUUGUUUUCUUUACUUUCCAGCGGACCCCGUCCUUCUCAAGUCCCGCACGCUUCUCGCAUAUAUAUCAUAACGAAGCAUGCGCCAACCCAGGAGAUCACUCGGACUGCGGCUUUGAUCUACAUCACAGUGGCCCUCUGGGAUUUCCAGGGAUCCCCCAGCAAAACUAGCCGAUUUCUCGAUUAUCUACACACGUUGGUGAGAGACCAUGAUUUGGACAGGUAUCCCGCAUGCGAGUCAUUCAUAUGGCUGCUUCUACUAGAAGGAUAUGAAGCAGAUCUACAGGAACCCGAAAGAAGCUGGUCUACAGUUGAGCUGUUGAAAAUGUACAAGCAGCUCCCGGUAGACCUCCAGUUCCAGUUCAGUGAGAUUAUGUUCAGCCUUCUGAUGCUAGCACCACCAGUGCGGGGGAUUGAUUGGUUCGAGAAAGAGUUGCAAAGUUCUAUGCCAGAGAUACAGGAAGAAGCCUGAGCUCCUCGAAAACUGGGUCACUGAUUUCUCCAUGUACAUAUAAAUGUACGCUCGCCACAUUGUUUCAGAUGGCGACAACCCCUUCAACGGUUUGCAGGCAGCCGUGUGCCCAUUUUGUCCGAUUUUUGACUCCUUGGGUUGUACUUCAUGUUCUUGUAUAU